CCCCCGGUUCAUUGUAGGAAUCCUAAUAAUGGCCCCGAUGAAGAGGGGCCAACGCCAAGUGUGGGAGUGAAACCCGAGCCGAGCGCAGCGACAGCUGGAGCUCAGGGAGGGCAAGGAGCCACUUGGACAGAAGUACUGUCUGUUCUUGGCGUCGUACCGUGUCUCACUAAGACGGUUUGAAGGCGUGGGAAGGGAACGCGGACUGCGGCGAUGGCGGCCCGGUGCAUUUGGACGUGUUUGGUCAUUGCUGUGCUCGUCAUUUCAGAAGUCCAAGUCAGUGCAAACGAAGAGACUCAACUGAUAGCAGCUUUAUUCAAGAACUACAACAAGAACAUCCGACCGACGAAGCAUGUGGACGACAAGGUCUCGGUUCAGAUCAAACUCAUCCUUACCAACCUGAUCUCUCUGAACGAGAAAGAAGAGACUCUGACUACCAACGUGUGGAUUGAGAUUCAAUGGAGCGAUUAUCGGCUGGCGUGGAACACCUCGGAAUACUACGACAUCGAUGUAAUCCGUGUGCCCUGCACUACCGUCUGGCUCCCAGACAUCGUCCUGGAGAACAACAACGACGGCAAAUUUGAUGUUGCGUAUUAUGCUAACGUGCUGGUCUACAGCGAUGGCUCCGUGUACUGGUUGCCGCCAGCCAUCUACCGCAGCGUCUGCGCUGUAGAGGUCACCUACUUCCCCUUCGACUGGCAAAACUGCACACUGGUGUUCAGAUCUCAGACGUACAGCGCCAACGAGAUCGACAUGAUUCUGGCUGUUGAUGGAGAGACCAACAAGCCCAUUGAGUGGGUGGAUAUUGACCCAGAGGCCUUCACUGAGAACGGCGAGUGGGCUAUUAAGCACCGACCAGCUCGCAAGCUCACCAACCCACGCUACUCUCCAGAUGAUAUCGAGUACCAGGAGAUCUACUUCAACGUCAUCAUCCAGAGAAAACCUCUCUUCUACAUCAUCAACAUCAUCCUGCCCUGCUCCCUCAUCUCGUCACUGGUUGUACUGGCACACUUCCUACCAGCUCAAGCCGGAGGUCAGAAGCUGACGGUGUCCAUCUCAGUCCUCCUGGCCCAGACUGUCUUCCUCUUUCUGAUAGCUCAGAAGGUUCCAGAAACGUCUCUGUCCGUUCCUCUUAUCGGAAAGUACCUGAUCUUCGUCAUGUCAGUCACCACGCUCAUCGUCACCAACUGCAUCUUCGUCCUGAACUACUCUCUCCGCAGCCCGAGCACACACAACAUGUCUCGAACCAUCAAACAUAUUUUUCUGGAGGUGAUCCCUCGUUUCCUUGGCAUGACCCCGCUCGUAGACGAGUCCGAGGAGGACGGCGGGGUGGACGGCGUGAGAGAGAGGAGACGGAGCUCUUUCGGGCUGAUGCAGAGGGCUGAGGAGUAUGUACUGAAGCAGCCGAGGAGUGAGAUGAUGUUCGAUAAGCAAAGAGAGAGGCAUGGACUCACACGAUCGUUCGUGGACACCAUAGAUGUGAGCAGCACUGCCAGCCUGUACAAGAGCCUCGCCCAAGCAGCACCAGAGAUUAAAGAGUGUGUAGAUGCCUGCAACUUCAUCGCAGAGUCCACACGCCAGCAAAACGACAUUGGAUCUGAGAUGGAGAGCUGGGUCCUGAUAGGCAAGAUGAUCGAUAAGGUUUGCUUCUGGGCAGCCAUCUUGCUCUUCACUAUCGGAACGGUGGCCAUCUUCCUCAUGGGCCAUUUCAACCAGGUGCCCGAAUACCCGUUUGCCAACGAGAACAAAAAAUAUGCCCCCGAGUAAAGAACCAAACGUCAAGAUGUCCUCGAUUUACAAUGAGACAUCAGGAAAGACAUUGUGAGACAGACAAAGAGGCAGCAUAAAGGAUAAAGAUAGAGAGAGAUCGGCAUUAUGGGAAUUUCUAUGGGGCAUUCAGGCAUGCUCAUUACAAAAGGGUUUGGCCUGAGUUCAAGUGUGAUGAGCUCCCUUGCUCCCACACUGUAUUAAACAUGCAAUAACAAGAGAUUUGGAGACGCUCCAAACCGCAUUUUUAUUAUACAGUAGUUUGUAACCUUAGGCAACCUUUGAUGGCGUAAUAUUUUGCCAGCGUUGCCUUGCUCAGCAUUUUGAGUUUCAAUUGGGAGGUUUUUUAUCAUCAAUUUCAAUGCCUCAAAUAUAUAAGGUGGCACAACCACCCAUUAUACACGAUAUACAGUACUAAUUAUACUGUAUAUUUGUUAUAGUUAUUUACCACUAAUAAAAACUGAACUUUUAGUGUCUGUAUUGCAUUAAUAUUCACGCACAUGCACCUUGAGCUUUUACAGACCUAACUAUUGUAGUAGCCAGAGAUUUUGCAACAAUAAAAUGGCAAGAAAAUACAAAUUUCCUCACCGGGUCAUGCCAAAUAGUUUCCCUCAAUUUAAUGUUUACACCCCCUGACAUUGGUUGACUUUGGGAUGCCGAAAUAUUUCAAAUAUUUCUGAUUUCCUUAUUAAAUUGGUGAGAUUGGG